UUCAUGGUUCUCUUGUCCAUCAGUGAUACAGUUCAUCAUCCCCGCCAGCAGGUGGCUGUUUAUUCUAACAACUCUGAUAUUCUAAACCAGAUCUGCUGUGAGUUGGAAGAGCCUUCCUAUUGGUCUCUUUCUGGUGAAUUGGAGCACAGGGAGUGUGUGCAGGUGUACCACAUCACUUUAAACACCUCCUUAUCCUCUGAUAAUUCUCUGCUGGAAGAAGAGAUUCGGAGCUUCCUCAAGGAGUUUGUUGAUCGGCGGAGCUCUGUACUGGCUUGUCACCCAAGCAGCAGGACUUCUUCCACGGAGGGAGUAGCAGGCAGUGUUGAGUUCUCCCAGGGAUCAUCUGGUAUCAAUGAUAUGGAUGGUUCUGACAUAGACAGAGUUGAAGGAGGCAGUGGAGAUGUGGUGCCAAUAGCACGGGUGAUGGCAGAUGGUGAAGAGGACACAGGAGGUGUGGGAGUCGUUGCAGGUGGGGAGCUAGUGAGUCCUGACAGUGGUAUGACCACAAUCCGCAGCAGCCGCUCCUCCAAGGAGAGCUCAGUGUUUCUUAGCGAUGACAGUCCUGUCGGUGAGGUUAUAGCAGGUGGGGGGUCAGCAGCAGGACCAGGAGGACUCUUCCUGAGAAACCCCUCUCCCCUGGGGUUGUUAUCGCUCUCCCCUCCUGUCCCACCUGAAAGGAGGAGGAACCGCUCUAGCAGGAAUAGGAGUGAGAACUUUGACCUGUUUAGUUUUGACCCGCUACAUAGCAGUGACCACUCUCUGCCAGCAGGAAAUUCUGGAGAAAGAGGAGAUGGUGAAGUAAGAAGAGCGGGAAGCUCAAGUCUAUCAGAAUAUGAAGAACUGAGCUUGAUGGAUUUCUCAGCUCCCAGUUCACUGGGGGGGCUUGAAAGCAGACAUUUUUCAGUUGACCACCAUGGUCAAAUCCAUGGGAAUGAGAUGAUUGAUACUGUGGUUCCUCUAACUCCAGUUAACAGCCUGGUAGGUAGUCGCCCUCCCAGCAGUUGUGGGGUCAGGUUCUUUCCAGAAGAUGUAGUUGAAAGGAUCAAUGGCCUGCAGCAUAAGGACAGUGUGUCAUCAUCCUUAUCGGAAACCUGGGAUGAACUUGGGUUUGACACACAGGGAGCAUUGUCCUCAAGUGAUAAUAACGCCUGGAAUCGGACUGGGGAAUCUGUGAGCCCACAGAAUGUUGUAGAGGAAGUUGGAGCCAAAGAGUCAAUUGGUGACACAACUGAAAGAGAAAAAAUCUUAAAGUCAGAGAAGUCCCACCAGAGGGGAAUGGGUCUUGAACCACAGCUAAGCUUGAUCACUGAGCAGACUGAAUCAUACGACAACUGGAACCCAGAUUCUCUAUUUGAGGAUCAAUGGAACCUUGUUACUUUGACUGAUCUGCAACUCACGCCUCCAGAGGAGGAAGUAUUUGGAAAAUGCAAAGCUGGUAUUAUUGAAGUUCAAGAAAAAACAUCUUCAUUGUCGAAAAAGAAAGCAAUCCCAAACACUCUAACACCAGACACAUCUAAAGAAGAGGAUGAAGGGGAACAGGGGAGAAAAGGAGACAGACAGACAGAGCUUCUAGACUUCUGGACUUACUCAGCACAGAAGGGAUUUCUUAAAUCUGAUAGCGGUACCACCACAUCUUACCCUGAAUCACUAGAUAUGUGGAAUAUGACAAUCCGGGAUGACAGUAUAUCACCUCUCACAACCCCUGACAACUUGUCUGAAAACUCAGGUUCUUUCUGUGGAUUGAACCCCAAUGUUAGGGGUGGCCCCUCUGUUGAAAGUCCCCAAGGAUUUUCUGAUGGUGGAAUGGAAAUGUGGAACACCACCAUACAAGAAGACAGCUCUUCCACAAUAACAAGUCCAGAAGAGCCAGAAAAUGGAAAGGACCUUAGUCACAUGGGAUCAUUAGAAACCAGUGAUACUCCUGAAACAAACUCAACCAAACUGAUGGAAGAGGAAAAGGCUGUAGAAGAGAAAGCUGUGAAUAAAGUACUUAGUCAAACACCUGGAGAAGUGGAGUGGAGAGGUAAUGAACACAAUGUGAAAAUAGUCGUAGAGGCUGCAGAUGGUAGGACACACAGUGAAGAAACACAUGACGAUGACAUCCAGAGUGCUCAGGGUCAAAUGUCUGUCUUGCAGAAUUUUGAAUCUGAAAAUCCAAAAGAUGAGACUCUCCCAGACCAACGCAGUAACAUGUGGGACCUACCUGUCCCUGGCAUGGUCACAUCCACCUCAGAAUAUGAUAAUGUUGGAGCUGGUGAUUGGAGCCUGACAUCCUCCCCUGAGACCUAUGCUAGUCCAGUAGUAGACAUAAUACAGCUAGAAGAGCAGUCCAGUCCUUUUAUAGCUGUGUCGAAGCCUACUCAGAUAGAUGAGGGACAUGAUCAAUACCAGAAGGCUGAUUCUCUAGGUGAAUACAGAGUAGAGCAGCCAGCUGACCAAGUGUUCCUAUUUGAGGGACCUAGUGAGUUGAGUGACAUGACCAGAAGUGGAGGAAGUUCAGUUGAGAGUAGGUACGACAACAAAAGUGAAGGAUUAGAGGAGGCUGACUGGAUAGCGCAACCAAGUGAUCAUUCCCCAUUUAUUCUGGUGGACAAUUCCUCUGUCACUCAGAUAAUUUCAGCCAGUCAUCAUUCAAGUCCAGGAGAAGCUGCUGGGACUCAAAUCCAAACUGACCAGUGUUUGUCCCCAAAUCUGAAUUGGGAUAGUCUUGUUUCCAAGAAAUAUGAUGACCCUGAAUCAACUUCAAUCAGAAGGGCCCACAACCAAGAUGAGCAUAUAAUUGAAACGCAAAGUGGUCCUAACAAUGAGAGCAAUGGAAAUGCGGAGGGUAAAACAACAGAGACCAUGUUAUUGAGUCCCAGUUCUGGGGGGGAGAAAGACACAAUGAAAUAUAGUCCAGACAGUCUUCACCCAGGCAGUCAAGAUGACCUCAGGUCCAAUUCUGAUGGAGACUCAUCAUCAGGCCUUGAAAUGGAAAACAUCAUUGUAUCUGGCACAGUAAAGGAAGAUGACAUAGAGUGGCAAUAUAGGCUUAAAGAGGGUGACAGGCAAUCAAAAGGAACAAGGAAGUCCAUGGAAACAUUUAGCAUGCUUUCCUAUGCUGCCACAGUAUUGCAAAUCCAGGCCCAAGUUUCACGUAGAGACCACCAGGAGAACACACAACAAAGCAGGCAAAGCCAAAUGUGUAGCGAUACUGAAGGUACUCUCAAUGCAGAUGACCAGCAAAAUCAAGCUGUCUUUAAAAGUACCAACAAACACACCACAGAUCAGACAUGCUCAAAAACAGGAGUAUUGCAUCAGUCCGGCUCUGAUGAGUUGGCCCUUAAUGCGUGCAGUGACUCUCAACCUUUCACAGACAGCAGUCGUCCCCAAGCAAAUGCAACUAAUGCCAAUGACCAUCACAUGGUGAAAGAAAUAUUCAGUCCAAGCCAAUCAAAAACAAAUUCUCAAGAUUUUCAUCAGUCAGAUUCAAGACCGACAGCAUGCAGUCAAACACAGAUAGAAGAAGGAAACUAUGAUGAUAAAUCAGGCAUUGUGGCCAGAAGUGUGUCUCCAUCAUUAAGAUAUCCAUCAGAUCACUUCCUGAAAACGAGAGAGGAAGUUUAUGUCCAUUCACAGAUCUCAAUGGAAGAUUCAGAUGAGGGUGGGCAGUCCCCGUCUUCAGCUCCACCAUGUCCUACUUCUUUGGGCAAUUUACAAGUAUGGGGAGGUCAGUUAGCAGGACAGGACACACCUCAAUCCACAUCUGAACCACAAUCCCCCAUUCUCAGCUCUGUGUCCCACACCAGCUCAUUGACUGGCACACCAUUAAGUGAGUCAGGUAUUUCCACUGACAGAGGACUUGGAUUACCCUUUUCUGGAGAUUUAAUGGAAGAGGAGAAUGGUGAGGAAGAGCAGGAAGAGGAAACUGGUGUAGAGCUAACUACCCUGCCAAAAUGGACUUCACAAGUCCAAAAUGAGAAGGAAGAGGUACCACAGCUGGGUUCCUCUGAUCUGUUGAGUUUCACGGAGGAGCUGAUUGAAGGUUGUUCAUUUCAACAAACAGAUUUACAGACACUUGAACCAAAGAGUAACAGUUUCCUACAGAAUACACUGGAUUACUAUGAUGGAAAACCUAUAAGGACUGUUGAUCCUGAUAAAUGGUCUGCUGAACAACAAACUGGAGAGCUGGAAGCUUCUCAGGAGAGCCAUUCACCCAAUUUAAGACACCAAGAAGUGACAUCACAACUUUUAUCCGAGACAACCAAUGAGAAUACUGCAUACCAGUGGACAGGAAGUCACAAUGUAACUCAGGGUCAAACCCAAUAUGGCUACAAUUACCACCACAUUGACCAAAGAACUGAAAACCAGGGUGCCUCUGCAGCCUGCAUAGAUACUAAAUCUGACAGCCAGGAGAAUACCACAGAUGUCUAUGCUGAGUUUACAACUGAUACCACAACUGCACAGUAUGGGGCUGACCAAGCUGAGAGCUAUUAUGAACCUGGAGUGAUUGCAGACUACAGUUUGGAAGAUCCAAGUGCCACGUUCCAGUACAUUGGAGAAAGCCAAUACGGAGGUGACCCAAAUUCCAUGCAUGUCUCUGAAGUCCAGUGCUCUCAGUAUCAAGCUGAUGGUCAGAGCCACUAUGAGACAGACCAAGAGCAGUACCAUUCUGAUGGGCAGCUAUUCUACCAAUCUAAUAUCGACGCUCAGAGGGAAGAUCAUGCACGGUAUGUGCCAGAGGAAUACGUCCACUUUCUCCUCUCAAGCAGGCACUCUCAACAAGGAGACAGCGCAGCUGGGGUGAUGAUGAAGAUGGCUUCCAAUGAGGAAGCCGAGGAGAUGGAAAACAUAGAAGACCCAUCCUCCUCUGUAGAUCUGUCAGGCGGGUCCAAUCAAAGGAGGAAGUUAGCAGCUCCUCCAAUGAACGUGUCACUGGACCGCAGUGAAGGGUCCAUUCUCUCAGAGGAUGCCCUGGAUACAGAGGACGAGGCUUUGGAUACAGGGGAUGACCUGGAUCUCAAUAUAGAUGAGCUGGACACAUCGGAUGAGGCCGACUCACGGGAGUUCAACAGACAUGGGGACUCAGACGAAUCUAAUCUUGGAGCAGGAGCAGCAUCAAGUGAAGCUGUUGGAGGACACAGAGCAGCUGAGGAGAACCAGGAGAGCAGACUAUGGAGGAGCGUGGUUAUUGGAGAGCAGGAGCAUCGUAUUGAUAUGAAGUGCAUUGAACCUUAUAGAAGAGUCAUCUCUCAUGGAGGUUAUUAUGCUGAACAGAAUGCCAUCAUUGUGUUUGCAGCUUGCUUUCUACCAGACAGCGACUGUGACAAUUACAAUUAUGUAAUGGAAAACCUUUUUCUAUAUGUAAUAAGCACCUUGGAACUUAUGGUGGCUGAAGAUUACAUGAUCGUCUACCUGAAUGGAGCCACACCUCGCAGGAGAAUGCCUGGCUUUACCUGGAUGAAAAAGUGUUACCAAAUGAUUGACAGAAGACUGAAGAAAAACCUUAAAAUGUUCAUCAUUGUCCAUCCUUCCUGGUUCAUAAGGACAUUGCUGGGAAUCACCAGACCCUUCAUAAGCUCCAAAUUCAGCAGUAAGAUCAAGUAUGUGAAUAGUCUGCGGGAGCUUGGAGAAAUCAUCCCAAUGGAGUAUGUCCACAUUCCACCCAGCAUUGUCAAGUAUGACGAGGAGAGGGGUAUACACAAAUUUUCAUGCAUAAGACUGGACACAGAAUUGCAGGACACAGCAGCUAAAGCCGACAAGAAGGGGAACUCAGCUGUUUGACAAGAUACCUGGCGGCUGCCUAUCUUCUCCUUGAAUUAUGCUGUACUCUACAGCAGCAUAUAUGAAAAAAGCCUGUAGCAUGAUGUGUACGGCACAUAGUGGUUACACCAACAACUAGCAAUGGGUUAGACAGCAAGAUGCUGUGGUACAAGACAUCCAGCAAUUGCUCAUUCUUUGAGGAAAGUACUAACCUGUGGGUGUUGAACAUCAUAGUUUAUUUACAGUGCAGAUACCUGCACUGUGCUGAAGGGAAGAUGCUUUAUCGUGCACUACUGUACUUUACACAGUACUUGAUUGUGUUCUUCAUUUGAUGGCUUUUGAUUUAUUCAUCUGUAAUUGGACCAAUGCUCUAGCUCUGAUUCUUGUUUGAAUGACUUUGGAAAAAAUAUUAACUGCUUUAUUACAUUCCUGUACCUUGUACCUGUACCUAGCUAUAACUUUUGUAGCCCAUGGUAAUAAGUGUGGACUUUCUGAAGCCAUAGCAAGGCUUGUUAUCUUUCAUCCAAUAACCAAAUACAUGCCAACAGUUGUAUAACCUCCCAUCUUACAAAUAAACAUUUGUGACCCCUCGA